AUGAGACGAAGCUCAACGAGACUCGGUCGCGGCUUGGCCGCUGCGUCUGCCUUGGAGUCUGACGACAAAACCGCCAUGGAGACGGCAACAACUCCCAAUGCCAACGCCUCAAAGGCAACUCGCCGUUCUACAAGAUCAUCCGUUAAUAUCGUCGUCCCCCUCCCAGCAGACCAUCACUCUCUCGAUUCGUCCCUGUCUCCCUCGGCGAAUGCCUCGUCACUCGAUGGAAGCCUCUGUGAUACGCCCGCUACAAGCGUGGUAGCCACCCCCGGGGAGUCUGAUAGCAAUCGUGGCCCGGCCAAGAAAAGAGUCAGCGCCUCGGCUCGCGCCCAGCAGCUGCGGUCCAGCGUUCUGUCCUUGAAUGCUUCCACGGCUACCACCAGGAAGAAGAGGUCCGUUUCUGAAAUGAAAAAUGGGGGAUCAAAUACUGGUCUGUCUGAUGCCGAUCUCGCCCGCGAACUGCAGCUCCAGGAGUACGGUGGCAUGGACAUAAAACACCCCAAAUUAUCGGCCAAUGGCAAUGGGAAAAAAGCUGUAAUCCCUGAUAGUGACGACGACAGUUCUGGCCUGGACUCGGGGGCCUCUCAAGACAUUCCUCAAUCUGCUUCACGGCGUCGCCCACGGAAAUCACAGCCUCAAGGCUCCUUGGCAGCUUGUGACGACAUGUCUCUCUCUGAUCUUGACGACGACUACGAUUAUUCCUCUUCAAACGAUAGCAUAAGUGAUGUGGUGCCUUCGGAAAGAGAAGAAGAACCAACAACAGUAGAAGCGACACCUGCCACUCGACCGCGUCGGGCCGCUGCCUCUGGUCGCCGAGGUGGCCGAGCUCCAAGGCCUCGCGCAACUAGGCCUGACCAUCCUUAUUUUCGAAUGAGCCGCCGGGCCGCACGAGAACGCAUGAAACUCGAAAAUCAGCAUCCGUUGAUUGUGAGCAUGUGGGACGACCUCGAGAAUGAGCCGCCUAUUAUUCCGGUCCCAGCUGAACAGCCCGCUGGCAUUUCCCGUACUCUCAAGUCUUUCCAGCUCGAGGGUCUCAACUGGAUGAUGCGCCAAGAAAAGACCGAAUAUAGAGGAGGCCUACUUGGUGACGAGAUGGGUAUGGGUAAAACCAUUCAAGCUGUCUCGCUCCUCAUGUCAGAUUAUCCCGCCAGUCAGCCGUCCCUGGUUGUUGUGCCUCCGGUCGCUUUGAUGCAAUGGCAAUCCGAAAUAAAAGAAUAUACGGACGGAAAGCUGAAAGUGCUCGUGUAUCACAAUUCGAACCCCAAGGUCAAGCUCAUGAAAAAGAAAGAUAUUCAAAGUCAUGAUGUGAUCAUGAUUUCUUAUUCGGGUCUAGAGUCCAUGUAUCGUAAAGAAUCAAAGGGUUGGAAUCGAGACGACGGCAUUGUCAAAGAAGAUAGUGUAAUACAUUCAAUUCAUUUCCACCGCCUCAUUCUUGACGAAGCGCACAGUAUCAAGCAACGUACCACAAGUGUGGCUCGCGCAUGCUUCGCCUUGAAAUCCACUUACAAAUGGUGUCUAUCUGGUACCCCUGUGCAAAAUCGCAUUGGAGAAUUCUUUUCGCUUCUCCGCUUCCUCGAAGUUCGUCCUUUUGCUUGCUACUUUUGUAAGAUGUGCAAGUGUCAGGAGCUUCACUGGUCUCAAGAUGCAGAAAAAAGAUGCACCCACUGCAAGCACAGUGGAUUCAGCCAUGUGUCUGUCUUUAAUCAGGAGAUCCUCAACCCAAUCACGGAAAGCAGCGGCCAAGCUCGUCAGGAUGCUCUGAAGAAGCUUCGCCUCAUCACAGACAGAAUCAUGCUAAGGCGCAUGAAGAAGGAUCAUACGGCUUCGAUGGAACUCCCUCCUAAACGGGUGGUCAUUCAUAACGAGUUCUUUGGUGAAGUUGAACGCGACUUCUCUACCAGCAUCAUGACAAACACUACCCGGCAGUUUGACACCUACGUUAGUCGUGGUGUUAUGCUCAAUAACUACGCCAACAUCUUUGGGCUGAUUAUGCAAAUGCGACAAGUAGCCAACCACCCUGAUUUGAUCCUAAAGAAACAUGCCGAGGGUGGUCAGAACGUGCUUGUUUGCAGUAUCUGUGACGAGCCAGCAGAGAGUCCCAUCCGGUCCCGCUGCCAUCACGAGUUCUGCAGACAAUGCGCAAAAGACUACAUGCGUUCUUUUGACACUGAUUCCGUCAUAGACUGCCCUCGCUGCCAUAUUGCUCUAACGAUUGAUCUCGAGCAGCCCGAAAUCGAGCAAGAAGAAGAUGUGGUCAAGAAGAAUUCGAUUAUCAACCGUAUUCGGAUGGAAAAUUGGACAUCUUCAACCAAGAUUGAGAUGCUUGUUUAUGAGCUGUACAAGCUUCGAAGCAAAAAGCAGACGCACAAGUCGAUUGUUUUCUCCCAAUUUACCUCUAUGCUACAGCUAGUCGAAUGGCGGCUGCGUCGGGCGGGAUUCAAUACAGUCAUGCUAGACGGCAGCAUGACUCCAACGCAGCGUCAGAACUCGAUUGAUUACUUUAUGAACAAUGUCAAUGUCGAGGUCUUCCUCGUUUCUUUGAAGGCAGGGGGAGUAGCUUUGAAUCUAACGGAAGCAUCUCGGGUUUUCAUUGUCGAUCCAUGGUGGAAUCCGGCAGCAGAAUGGCAGAGCGCGGACCGGUGCCAUCGCAUUGGACAACGGCGGCCGUGUGUCAUAACGCGACUCUGCAUCGAGGAUUCGGUGGAAUCUCGCAUGGUCCUUCUCCAGGAGAAAAAGGCCAACAUGAUCAACGGCACCAUCAACAAGGAUGGGGGAGAAGCGCUUGAAAAGUUGACACCAGAAGAUAUGCAAUUUUUGUUCCGGGGCUCGUAG